AUGGUUGUCGACCGCCUCAAGCAGGUGGCUUCCCACGUGUCGGGCCAGACCGGCCCUCCCCACCCUCUGGACCCGCUCUCCGAAGCGGAAAUUGCCCAAGCCGUCGCGAUCGUGAGAAAGGAACAUUCGGGGCUCUUCUUCAAUGCCGUCACAUUGUGGGAGCCCCGGAAGGCCCAGAUGUUGGCAUGGUUGGCGGAUCCGAAAACGGCACCACGGCCGGUUCGCACGGCGGAUAUCGUGGCCCUGGGGCUGGGAAGUAAGGUGUACGAUGGGACUGUGGACUUGGAGGCGGAGAAGAUUGUGAGCUGGAAGUUGACGGAGAAUGUUCAGCCGUUGAUUACGAUGGAAGACCUCCAGGUGGUGGAAGCAAUCGUGAGGAAAGACCCUCGAGUGAUCGAACAAUGCGGCAUCAUCGGUAUUCCACCGGAGGAUAUGCAUAAGGUCUACUGCGAUCCAUGGACGAUCGGCUACGAUGAGCGAUUCGGGAACAAAAUCCGGUUGCAGCAAGCCUUCGUUUACUAUCGACCAAAUCCAGAUGACUGCCAGUAUACAUAUCCGCUGGAUUUCCUUCCCAUCUUCAAUACCGAGACACAUGAGAUCAUUCACAUCGACAUUCCUCCGGUCAGAAGACCACUGAAUAAAGCCCCUCCGAUCAACUACCACGCCGAAGCCAUUGAAAAGGAGGGCGGUUUCCGCGACGACCUGAAACCGAUCAACAUUACCCAGCCGGAAGGUGUCUCCUUCAAGGUGGACGGCCGAAUCAUUGACUGGCAGAAGUGGAAGGUUCACAUCGGGUUCAACUAUCGUGAGGGUCUCGUGCUGAGCAACAUCACAUUCAACGACAAGGGCACGGAAAGACCAGUAUUCUGGAGAUUGUCGUUGGCGGAGAUGGUCGUUCCGUACGGUAACCCCGAGCAUCCGCAUCCCCGAAAGCACGCUUUCGAUCUCGGAGAGUACGGUGCUGGAUACAUGACGAAUAGCUUGACACUCGGAUGUGACUGCAAAGGGGCAAUCCAUUACAUGGAUGCUGCCUUCGUGAACCGAGCCGGCGAGGCGACCUCCAUCAAGAAUGCCAUCUGCAUACACGAAGAGGAUGCCGGGAUUCUGUUCAAGCACACUGAUUUCCGCGACGAAUCCUGCACGGUGACCCGUGCCCGCAAGCUCGUCAUCUCCCAGAUUUUCACCGCCGCCAACUACGAGUACUGCGUCUACUGGAUCUUCCACCAAGACGGCACCAUCCAGCUGGAGGUUAAACUCACCGGCAUCCUCAACACCUACCCUAUGAACCCGGGCGAGGACCUGCAUGGCUGGGGCACCGAGGUCUACCCCGGCGUCAACGCUCACAACCACCAGCAUCUCUUCUGCAUGCGCGUCGACCCCAACGUCGAUGGGCCGAACAACACCGUAUUCGAGGUCGACGCAACCCGUGGGCCCGGCGAAGUCGGCAGCCAGGAGAACUAUCACGGCAAUGCGUUCUACGCGAAGAAGACGAAGCUCGCAACGGCCGGCGAAUCGAAGCGCGAGUACGACGGGUCAACCAGCCGGACCUGGGAAAUGGUCAACCCCAACAAGAUCAACCCCUACAGUCACAAGCCUGUGAGCUACAAGCUCGUCAGUCGUGAAGUACCCGGUCUCCUACCGAAAGAAGGCGGCCUCGUCUGGCGACGCGCCGGUUUCGCCCGCCACGCCAUCCACGUCACCAAAUACUCCGACGACCAAAUCCACCCCGCCGGCCGCCACGUCCCCCAAACCUCCGGCACCCCCAGCCACGGCCUUCCCGCCUGGAUCGCCGCCAACCCCGCCGAGAACAUCGACAACACUGACAUCGUGCUGUGGCACACGUUCGGGCUGACGCACUUCCCCGCGCCCGAGGACUUCCCCAUCAUGCCCGCCGAGCCGAUGACGCUGCUGCUGCGCCCGCGGAACUUCUUCACGAGCAACCCAUGCAUGGAUAUCCGGCCGAGCCAUUCGAGCACGCCGACAGCGGUGGCGAAGGGGCAGGCGGUAGCGGUGGGGGAUCCGGCGAGUCGGUUGGUGGGGGGUGGGGAGUGCUGUGCAAAGUGA